AUGGCACCCGCUGCUACCGCUACCACCGCCCCAGGCAACAACGUCGCGCCCGCCGUCAAGGGCUCGUCUCGUAUCCAGCCUGACCCCGAAGUGGUUCAGUACCCCACUUUCGACAAGGACCCUGCCACGCCCGAGGAGGUCUUUGCCCGUGCCGAGCAGGUCUCGGAGCUGCUUCACGCUGACGAGGCCAUCCGUGACCGUGGCAAUGUCGUCCCCUACCGACAGGUCCAGCUUCUGAAGGAUGCCGGUCUGGUUACCAUCCUCGGUCCCAAGUCUGCCGGUGGUGCUGGCUUGACCUGGAAGGAGGCCUAUCAAGUCAUCCGCAUCAUCGCUCGUGGUGACGGCUCGCUCGGUCAGCUGAUCGGCUACCACUACCUGUGGUCUUGGACUGCUGCUCUUGUCGGCACGGACGAGCAGAGGACCAAGUACGAAGAGUGGAUCACCAAGAACAAGUACUUUGUCGGCGGCGCCGUUAACCCUCGCGAUGCCGACCUCAAGGUGCGUCAAGACGAGAACGAUCCCGACAAGCUCAUCUACAAUGGCAAGAAGACCUUCUCUACCGGCAGCAAGAUCAGCGACGUGACCAUCCUCGAGGGAUCGCUGGAGGACGGUUCGCACGUCUUUGCCCCUGUGCUGAGCCGCCAGCCUGGCAUCGUCUACGGCGACGAGUGGGUGGACACGCUCGGCAUGCGCGGCACCCAGUCGGGCGGUAUCUCGAUCUCCAAUGUUGUCAUUUCGUGGUCGGAUGCGCUCGGCUACGUCAACAAGCAGUUCCAGCCCAUUGGCGCGUACAACACGCUCAACCUGCCACAGAUUCAGCUCGUGUUCACUUCGUUCUACCUCGGUAUUGCCGAAGGAGCGCUUGCUCGCGCCCUGGCCUACACCAAGGCGAACACCCGUGGAUGGCCGUACCAGCCCUCGCCCGUCGCUCGCGGCACCGACGAGGCCUACAUCCAGAUCGGCUACGGUGAUCUGCAGGCCAAGCUCUGGGCCGCCGCCUCGCUCAUCGACAGCGUCAUCGAUGAGGCAGCGGGCAUUCUGCACGCCAGCCCUCGCCAGAAGAUCACCGAGGAGCAGCGUGCCAAGUUCGCUGUGCGUGUCGCUGCGGCCAAAAUCAACGCCGCCGAUGUCGGCUUGGCUAUCACGAGCCAGAUCUACGAGCUGACCGGCGCAAGGGCCGUCGCUGGCAAGUAUGGUUUCGACGUCGCCUUCAGGGACCUGAGGACGCAUACGCUGCACGACCCUAUUGCCCACAAGAGGGCCGAGGUCGGCAGGUUCGCCCUUCACGGACCUGGAAAGGACGGCUGGCCCACCCCCACUUGGUACACCUAA